CGUGCGGUGCGCACGUCUCUCGCUGCGGCUCUUCUGAAGUUUUGUGCUCGUGCUUACGAUGUGCAGUUUUGUGUGAUUUUGUUUUAUGGAUUGUGGAAGAUUGUGGCACGUGUAUAAUGGAGCAAAUGACAAAAUAUUUAAUUAUCAUCGCUUCCUUAUUGACCGUCAAACCGACAGAGAGCAAAAACGAUACGAAGCCCAAAAUAGACCGACGUUAUUACCAAAUGCCAAUUUUCAUUAACGUCUGUGACAUCGUGGACCGUAGAUCAAAAGUGCACUGCUACUGCGAUAGUAACAAACUGAAAUUGGCGACCAGAGCUGACUGCUGGAUAUUCAGUGGCGGUUUAACGGAAGAUGAUGCAAUUUGGCCUAGUUUUUCCUCACAAUCUGAAAUAGAGCACCUAAUGUUCAACGUUCGGACCGAUGACGCAUUAACUUUUAUACCGGCGAAGGCUAUAGUUAGACUGGAUAAACUGAAAUACCUUUCGAUUCAAUUCGGCACGAUUAAGCGAAUUCCUCCUUACGCUUUCACGAAUUCCUCUACGGUGAGACAGAUCGUUUUGAAGUCGAACAAAAUAACAAACUUGGACAAGCAUUCGUUUUCACAGCUGAUGAUGCUGUCCAAUCUCAGUUUAGACGAUAACCUCAUAUCGGAAUUGAAGCGAGACGUGUUUUUCAACCUUCCUAAUUUACACGUUCUACAUUUAUCGAACAAUAAUUUAAGUCUGCUACACGAAGGCUGUUUCAAGCACUUAAAUAAUCUAAUCGAGCUGCGCCUUGACGUGAACUACAUAUCAGUCGUUACUAAGGAAAUGUUGGAGGGGCUCGAGAAUUUAUCGAGAUUAAAUUUAAGGAACAACAAGUUGACAAUGAUUGGUAACUUGGCUUUCAGCGAGUUGUGGGGUUUAAAAGAAUUGAUGCUGGACAAUAAUGCGAUCGAGUAUAUAUCGGAAAGAGCGUUUGGGGGCCUGAUUCAGUUAAGAAAGUUGACACUGUCUGGUAACAAAUUGACGUCGUUCUACGAGGAUAUCCUCGAGGAUAUAAGGAGUCUUAUCGUCCUGGAUUUGAGGGAUAAUCUGUUGACGACAAUAUCGUACGAAACGAUCAGGCCUGUAGUUGAAAAUGAUAAGUCACUGUCUUCAGUUGUUUACUUGGAUGGUAAUCCACUGAGCUGCAAUUGCCGUCUUUCUUGGAUUUACACCCUUCGCAAUGAGACCAAAGAUAGCACUCUCAGACAUGCCCUAGAAAAGAUAACAUGUCUCUCUGAUACUAAAGACAGCGAUAGAAGUCUCAACGACCAAAUUGAAGAGCCAGUUGAUAAUUCUAAUUUAUUAGCUGAUGACAAUUAUGAAUACUACGAUAAAAACAGUGAAGAUACUGUCGAAAAAGUCAAUAACGAGAACAGUAAAGCCAUCAAGUUAACAGACUUACCUCUCGAAGAACUCCCCUGUCCAAAAGAAAUCAUGCAAUCGAUAGAAGAGUCGUAUGGACAUCCAAUCCAAAAUGAAAUUAGGUUAAAAGCAUUCUCAAACGGCGUCAGAAUUUUACCAAAUUUAAUUAUCAUUGUAUUAAUGGUUAUAAUACUCUAAAUUAUCAAAAUGAAAGAAUCAAAAAUAUUUGUGAUAUUAGAUGUUAAAUUUUUGAAUAUGUAGUCUCGUUUUGAACUUGUAAAAAAUUAAAUUAAGACGUGUUGAUUAGGCUCUGCCUUUGUAUUAAAGUUUAGAUAUGUUUUCUUCUGAGGCAAAUUCUGAAAACAGGUUGGGUUAAGCUUUCUUACGAACUUUGGGAAAUACAGUUUUGUGAUUUAAUUAUAACCUUAGUUGCUUAGGUCUUAAGAAUCAGUAUUGUGUGUAUUGUUGAAGUGCGAAAGAUAAAUUUAGGAUAUAAAUAAAGUAAGUACUGAACAUAAUUUAUGUUUUAAAAUAGGUGUAAAUAAUAUCACUAAUUAUUGAAAUAUAAUAUGUUGAAGAUCAUCAGCUAUUUACUAAUUAUAUUUACCAGAAAAGUGAUUAUCAAUUAUAUAUUAUUAAUUAAGCUUUAUUGCAUACAAAAUAUUUCUAGUGUCUAAUAACGGAUGUAAAUACAAAUGAAAAAUAAAUAGAAACGUCAGUGCAUUCAUCUCUAGCCAUCUCAUCAGCAAAUAAAUCAACAAGUUCAUUUUCUUCAAACAAAGGAAGUAGCAUAGCUUUUUGCUCAACGAACUUGGCAGUCAUUUUUGUGGAGCAAGUUUAUAAAGCACAAUAUAACUUGAGACCGGAGUUAAAUAUUAAAUGAAUUGCACAAAGUUUUGUCACGGUCCUGUGUUAAGUGAAAACGACGGUAAUAUUUUAAAAGCAUAUCAAAAUUGUUUUGAUCGUCUUGUGACAAUUCAAAGUGUUCC